AUGUCCGAGCAACCGUCCCCAGCUGGGUCCUUGAUCAACAUGGUCUCCCCAACUCGUAGCGCUAAUCCUCACCCGGAGGAGUUUCUCCACCAUAAUUGGGAAGAUGUCGACGUCACCCAAUUCACCGAGUACGCCCCUGUUGGCAACCUUGGCGAUGCUGAACUUGUUUCAGUUAGUAGCUUUGGUUCCAACUUGGGAUCGCGCGAUCUCCUAGAGAUCGACGAAGUCGAUGAUGAGGAGGCGGAUCGAAUCUCCCGCAACAUUGUGGGUGAUGACUCCGUCGACCCCACCCAGUUCCCCGCUGACCACCCCUUCUUCGGCGAUGGACCACCUCGUCACCAAGACCCCGAGGAGCAAGCUGAAAUCGAGCGAGUCGAGAGGGAAGCGAUCGCUCGACGACGACAAAAAGCCGCCUCCGCCAAGCUGAUCAAGGGUGUCACCUUGUCCAAGCACCCCCACCGAUUCCCCGAGCUUCUUCGAUACGCUGAUGGAGCGUCUUUUUCGCAGUGGUUGUGGCGACCAUACGACUGCAGACUCUCCAUGGAGGACCUCUUAAAAGAGGUGCCAUUCGACGAAAACGACGAAUACCGAGGUCUUGAAGGCCGAGACACCGAAACCGCGAUCAUGCUCCUCAAGGCAUUCUUUCGGGGCAUGGUCCGUGAGACGACCCAUCUGGAGAAUGAGCUCAACCUGGGCGCUUUUGGUGUCCACUUGGAAUCCUCCAAGUGCACCAUCCCCUUGAUGAAUGUCCAGUUCGGCCACAUUCCCGAAGUUGGCAAGAAGGGCUCUAUUCGACGAGGCCGAAUCUUCAAAAGACAGCGACGAAACUAA